AUGGAUCUAGUACAGUCCGUCUGGCUUGCCUGGAAAACGCAUCUGGAGAGCACUGCAAUAUCGGAGAGGCGUGAUUCUGGCGAUAUCUACAUCCGCAUUGAUUACUCCAAUGAAUUCAACUACUGGAAGUCAAUAGUUCAAGACGAUCCUGCCAAAACGAAGCGUGAUGGACAUCAACGGUUCUACAGUUCCAGCGCCGAAGAUUGGAAGACCAAGUUUGACGCCAUACGCGGCGUACCCGGCCUCUCAUCUUUACAUGACGACCAUUUUCGGAAUACUAUUGUUUCUAGCAAAGCAGACUCAUGCAAAGACUCAAGCUGGGUGAACGUUGAGGUAAGUGGGGAUGUCUCCGAAGAGAUGAAAUUUGGCUAUUUCUUUGUGGGAACCAUCUCACCCACAUUCAACAUCGAAGAGGCAUAUGGGUUCUUUGAUUCGAAACUUCUCUUCCACGGCUCGAUUGAUGUCGAUGCACGGGGUACCAUCGAUGCCGCCAGGACGGAUAACCUCACCGAGGCCGAAGCGAUUAUUGUUCUUAAUACUCCUUUCGGUGAUUCUACUCCAGAGGAUCAGCGGGAAAUGACAAAUCAAAAACGGUGGUCACCGAGCACAAAGAAGAAGUUUCAUGAUGCGCUUGAAUUGCUUCUUACAGCGCCGGAAAUGAAUCUAGAGAAGACAGCGCGUACGAACGCAGACAUCGCCUUUGACCGCAUCAAAGCUCUUAGGAAGCCCGAAAUCAAGAAUUUCUCUAUCGACGACCUCAAAAAUAUCACGGGAUGUAACUCGCUACCAUGGGUCGAAGGAAUCGAAAAACACCUUGAACGGCAGCCAGCGUGGGGAUUUGCAUGCAUACGCAUUUCAUUUGGCGAAGACUCAUCGUGGGAGACGUUCAAAGAAUUCGUCAUCCACGCUACGGAAUCUGCACUAACAUUCCCUCGAAAUUUCCCGAGUGUUCGGCCUCUUUGGAAGAUACAAUGGAUAGAGGAUCCAUCGAUGAAAGAUGCCUCAGUGGUUGAUCUUUGCAGAGCACUGUUAAUCUUCUUAGCUACUUCCGACGUCUUUGUUAAGACAGCAAAGUUGAACCAGGCCUCCGUCACGACACAUUUCUUUACGCCAACACAGAAGCGAUUGAUUCCGUGA